CUUGUAUACUGUUUGUUUCAUGCCUCAGUAAAUCAGCACCUCCGACAUUAGCGGUUUGCCUCUCGGUCCCCAGGGUGAGUGCAUUUGGAAACGUGUCCGAUAAGCCCACCCACCCCCCUCCCUGGACUGACGCCUGCCUCCUAGUGGAGCGAUCCAACGUACAGCAAGCAUGGCACAUCAUGACGUGGCCGCCGUGUGGAAUCCGGCCCUCAGGUCAGACGAUCAUGAGCGCGCAAGUGAAAGCCCCAUCCCAAGCCCCAUCCCAAGCCCCGUCCCAACUGGUCCGAAUGUCUUGGAAAUCGAUACCGCGAUAGAGGCCACCACCAUUCCUCUGGACUCCCCCAUGGAGACUCCACACGAUGUGACAAUCGAUAGCGUCUUUUUCGCAGACGAUGACUCUCCUGCAGACUGGCCAGAAGCAGCUGCGCCCGAUACGACCGAUGCCCAUUUCGCGCCGACCGCCGAUCAAGGCUGGAACCACAACGAAGUACUCGAAGCAAGCCCUUCGCAUGAUACCCAGGCGAUACCAGAGAUGGCCGAUCAGGGUUUCCCGGACGUGGAAGAACCACAGGUGGCACAGGAACAAGGGAAUGACGAUCAGGAUAUUCUUCUGGAUGACACGGAGGAUCAAAUAACGGAGGCGCAGCCUGUUCACCACCAGGAAGAAGAGGAGACUAUCCCAGCUGAAAACGGCGAUGCGCAGGCUUUCUUCGCGGACGAGCGUAGUACUACACCACGACCCAGUGAUCGUGCCGGAGGGAACCUCGCAGAUGCCAAUGGCGAGAUCCAAAGUAGUCAUGACAUCUGGGGAAGCCCUGCCAAUGAGGAUACCGAGCAGGACGAAUUCUUCGACCAGCUGAAGACCCAGACCAAGCCGAUUUGGAUGUCCCCGGAACCGGCUGAUUCUCGAUUUGAGGAAGGCAUUCCGUUGCUGGGUGAUAUGCCCGACUCGCCGGCCAAGCCGGCGGAAACGCAAGACAGUUCGAUAGAUAACUUCUUCGCCGGCGAUGAUGAAAACGUUCCUUUCCUAGAUGAUACGCCCGAGUCACCGGCCAAGCCGGCGGAAGCGCAAGACAGCUCGAUAGAUAACUUCUUUGCCGGCGAUGAGGACGAAGAAGACGGAUUCUUCAAAGCGGUUCAGGACUUCGCGCCUCAAGAGGUCCCAGAGGACCAUCAACUAUCGUUGCAUAUCACGCGCAAGAGCACAUCUCAAGUCAUGGACUCCCUCGGCGUUUCGCUGGACUCCCCCAUGAGUGAUGCGGAUCCUGCUGCACAAGAAUUCGACAGUGUCUUGGCCGCAGCAUCAUCGGAAAGCAAUGUCAAGAAGGUUUCUUCGGACGAGGAUUUGGCCGCCCGCUGGCAAGCUGAGCUCGCCGAGGAAUCGGCGGAUCUUGCUGCCCCUGAAGACGAUCUCGCUGCUCGCUGGCAGGCGGAACUCGACGAUGACGACGAUGAUUUGCUUUUGGAGGAGGAGGAGGAGGUUGGUCAGGAGUCAGCAAAACCUCAGGAAUCAGGUCUUCCCAAUGUCACUGCGGUGGCUGCCAAUGCUGUUCCCCCGAGUUUGGGCAGUCCCUUCGGUGCUUCGCAGAGCUUUGCCCAACCCAAGGCACCAGCUUCAGCUUACACGCCACACCAGCCGUCCACCUCGGAUCUACUUCACGGUGUGCCUUUGCCAGGUGCUGUACCUCCCGCCAACACCGCCGCUACUGCAGACUAUUUCAACCGACAGCCUCCACCAAGCGCCGGUGCCAACAAAGCAGAAAGCUUUGCUGAGCGAGCCAAGGAGGGCUACAGGUCACCUUAUGACCUGCCAGACGACCUUGCUCGGCCACGGCGCCCUGUUGUCAGUCAUAAGCCAGUGAUUGCACAGCCUGGCAGUAUGCCACCCCCCCCUCGGAGCAAUAGCUUUCCAGUACCUCCGCCGACUUCGUCAACCAUGCCAACACCCCCGAUGGGUACAGCGUCGGCUUCGGCAGUGCCCGCUCCUAAGAACUUUUAUGAAGAGCUUCCUUUGCCACCUCCUCGGGCGCAGUCUCGGCCGGUGAGUUCGGGGCGGUAUACACCUGGUCCCCAUGCAGUACCGCCUGUGAAUACCCAUGCUGUACCGCCUGUGACUGCCCAUGCGCCUCCGCCACCGGCAAACCAAUAUGCCAGCAUCCCUCCUGCUCCUCAGCCGGCUGUCGAUUCUUAUGCCCAGCCUCAGAUGCAGCAGCCAGAGAGGCUAGAUCCGUAUGCCAGCUUGGCAGCCCCCAACAUCCCAAGCGGUCCAUCUAUUCCUAGCGCUAGCACUUCGAGAUAUUCGCCCAAGCCCCCGACUUUGCAGGCCGGGACGAAGCCUCCGGCGUCGCCUAGAUACUCCCCGGCACCUCCCCCGGCUGCUGCACCGGCACCUCCUCGCAAUCGCUAUGCUUCUCAACCGUCAAUCCCGCCGAUUCAGGGAGCCGCACUUCCGUUUCAGCCCCGCACAUCGAGCCCGCUGGCCUACCACGAGAAGGUUUCUUAUCGACCCCAGGAAAGCUUUGAGCAGCAACCUUCCGUACAACAGACUGGGCCUGCCGUUAACCGGCCUGCCGUGGCACCCGAAGUCGCGAUCGAUUCCGGAGCUGCUAACGGUGAUGUCAUGAUGUACCAGGAGACCCAGCCGCUGGCAUCGCCCCCGAGAAACCCAUACGCGCCUUCCGAUUAUGUUGACGAGUUUUCCAAACGUGUUGCUCCCAUAGACAGUGCUCCACCGGCGCCCGCUCCACCGGUCGAUGAUUCCCCAUUUGUCCCUCCUCGCAGGUCGAUGACACAAUCUCCGGGUCAGCAAACGUUAGGCCCAAGGCUGUCUGUGCCGUCGGUUGAUCCACUCCAGCGACCUGCCUCGGUUCACGGGUCAGGGUCGCCCACCAAGGCUGUCAACCCCUACGCACCAGCUCCGGUGUCUGCGCACAAUCGAGUCGCUUCUCAGUCCCUUGACUUUAUUCCUCCCACCGAUGAUCAGCAAUUCGAUCCUCUUGAGCGCUGGAAAGGGGCUCCGAUUGUUCAGUUUGGAUUCGGUGGUUCAAUCCUCUCCUGCUUCCCGAAGCAUAUCCCGCGGUACUCUGCUGGUCAACCCGCCCCGAAGAUCAAGUCGAGCCCUGGUGAGAUCAAAAUUCACCAGGUCAGUGACUGGAUCCCCACCCCGGAAACCAUUGCGCGACACCCGGGCCCUCUCAAGUCCAAGUCCAAGAAGAAGGACUUGCUCGCUUGGCUUUCUAGCAAAAUAGCUGCGCUUGAGAACGAGGGCAUACCGGCGAGUGCUCAGCUACAUGAAGACUCCCAUAAGAGACACGAUGAAAAGGUCCUGCUGUGGAAGAUCGUUCGAGUUUUGGUCGAGCAUGAUGGCGUACUGGAAGGAUCACCCGAUGUUGUGAAGUCCUUGCGCCAGAUCAUAUUCCCCCACCUGCAGAACAGUGAUUCUGAGCAAACAUAUGGCAGUGACUUCCCAUCCUUGAGCACUCAGCCCAUGGACGCCCCAUCUCAACCCGAUGCUGUUAAUCCUCAAGCGGUAGAGAGCAUUCGUAACAGUCUUCUCGUGGGCGAGCGUGAAAAGGCCGUCUGGAGUGCAGUUGACAAUCGUCUAUGGGGACAUGCCAUGACAAUCGCUUCUACAAUGGACAAAUCUGUUUGGAAGCAGGUAGUCCAGGAGUUCGUGAGACGCGAGGUGAGGUCUACCUCGGGCAACACCGAAUCGCUUGCAGCUCUCUAUGAGAUCUUUGCAGGAAACGUGGAAGAAAGUAUUGAUGAGCUCGUGCCUCCUUCCGCUAGAGCUGGUUUGCAGAUGGUUAGCAAGGUGAAUGGGCAAGGGCCUUCCAAGAAUGCCCUCGAUGGACUCAACAGCUGGAGAGAUACCCUAGGGCUGGUACUGAGCAACCGCAGUGCCGAAGAUUAUCAGGCGCUAUUGGCAUUGGGCCGGCUCUUGUCAUCCUACGGCCGGGUUGAAGCUGCGCACAUCUGCUUCAUCGUUUCACGGGCUGCUGUAUUCGGUGGUGUCGAUGAUUUGCAGGCGAACGUCGUCCUCCUUGGUGUUGAUCAUCAGCGUUCGUCUCCUGCUGCUUUGCAGGACGAAGAUUCCAUCUUGCUCACUGAAGCAUACGAAUACGCCACCUCGGUUCUCUCAACCUCCCCUAAACCUACGCUGCCCCACCUUCUGGCGUUCAAGUUGGUUUAUGCUUGGUCUCUCGCAGAUCGUGGCCGCAAAACAGAAGCCCUGCAGUAUUGCGAUGCGAUCGCGGCUACACUGAAGGCAACUACGAAGCCAUCGAGCUUCCACCACCAGCACCUGUAUUACGGAGUGGAUGAGCUUUCGGCGCGCCUGCGGCAAACAGCCAGUGAAGGCGGGUCGUCGUGGAUAUCUAAGCCGAGCAUGGAGAAGGUUUCUGGCUCAAUGUGGGCGAAGUUCAACAGUUUCGUUGCCGGGGAAGAUAACGAAGCCGCAUCCAGUGGUUCGGCGAAGGCUGGAGAUGGCGAUAUUGGCCCGUUUGCAAAGAUUGCCGGUACUCCAAGCGUGAGUCGCUCGCCGUCAAUGUCCGACAUUUACGCGCCGUACUCCGCACAACCGAACUAUGCCAGCGGCCCAUCACGUUAUCAGCCCAACAAUCAGUACGCUCCAACCUCUUCGCCUGAGCAGUUCCGCGGAAGGUCAUCCCUUGACUCGCAGAGAUCUACGUCUUUCGGGACCGGUUUUGGACAGCGACGAGGAUCCCAGGAGCCGUCAACGCCAGUUGACAACAUGUACCAAGGAGGGAUGCUCUACAACUCUCCCCCUGCUGUUGGCUUCCAGUCAACCCCACCCCAGACGUCUUACGUGUCCCUUGCCCCUGUCAAGGAAGACCUGGCUCCUCAGCCCCAUGCCGAAGUCUCACCUGCUCCGGUUCAAGAGUCUUUCGGCGGCGGAUCUCCGUACCAGCCCCAUGGAUACGGCUCCUUUGGUCAGCCUUUCAGCCCGGCUUCGGCAACAGGAGACUUUUCAGACGGAGCUGGCUACAUGCCCCCGGUUGGGGGUGGUGGCUACGAGCCUCCCUCUGGAGAAGGUGAAGAGCCUGUGGCGACAAUGCCAGAAGAACCGAGCGAGGAAAAGCCAGUCAAGAAGUCGUUUAUGGAUGACGAUGACGAUGAUGAUCUAGCGGCCCGGGCCGCUGCCGUGCAGAAAGCCGAAAGGGCUCGCAAGGAUCGUGAAGCAGACGAAGCCUUCAGAAAGGCUGCUGAAGCCGAUGCUCAACGGCCGGGACCUGCUAAGAAGGGAUGGUUCGGAGGGUGGUUUGGUGGUCCCAAGAAGGAGGGUGAAAUGCCUGCCACUGCCAACAAACCCAUUCGAGCCAAACUUGGCGAGCAGAGUUCUUUCUACUACGACACCGAUCUGAAGAAAUGGGUCAAUAAGAAGGAUCCCAACUCGGCCACUGCAGCUCGCGCCACACCGCCGCCGCCCCGAGGCUCGGCGCCUCCCAGCCGAACCGCCAGCGGCAGUAGUGCAGCACCGCCUCCUCCGGCGAGCGCAUCCCCGAUGCUGUCGGGUCCCAGCAGUCGGCCGCCGUCUACCACAGGGGUUCCCCCACCCCCCGGCAGCCCAGGACCGUCCUCGCUGGGGCUCCCACCUCCCCCUCCCUCUAUCCAGCGGUCUGUUUCCACCGGUGCUGCCGUUCCCACGCCGCCAAGUAGUUUGGCAGCGCCCCCUCGGCCUGCAACAUCUUUGAGCAACGCCAGCUCAAUCGACGACCUGCUCGGAGCGCCCCAGGCGCGCAAAGGUCCCUCCGCCAAGCCCAAGAAGAAGGGGCGCUACGUGGAUGUCAUGGCCAAAUGAGCGGCUCUUGCUCUGCCUGCUCUGCUCCGUGUAGUCCCCGUGGCUGGCGUUGAUAAUUUCUGUUAAUUUACUAAACUUUCCUAUUCUGGUAAUGUCUAACGAAUCUCCCUCCGAACCUCGUUGUCUGUUUGCAUUGAUUGGCACAUGAAGCGCGUCCUGGCUUUUGUCUGGUUAGAACCCACCCAACCCAUGGCGAGCCUGCUCCAAAGAUCUGCAUGCUGUCUUCUCCGAGAGCAAGACGGAUUCAAGCCUUUCGGGCGUUUCUUUGCAUAACCCCUACCCCUUCUUACCCCUGUAUCUUACCCGUGUGUAUAUGUUACAUAUUUCCCCCAUCUCCCUUUUCUUUUGCCUUUUCUUUUCCUUUGUCACUCCCCUUAUGUGAACCAUGGAGAUGACGUCGAUUGUUGCCGAGGACAUGGAUGCAUGCCUCGGAGAGAACAAGUGUACUAUUUUGUGCUCAUGAACUAU